GUUUGGAAAACAACGCGAAUGUUAGCGCGUGCUUUCGCUUGAGAAACCAACACUUAGCUGACAAAUGGGGGCAUUUUAUUGCUCUAUCUGCGGGAAAACUGACUUUUCUGGAAAAGGACACAUUCAUGGGAAAAGCCACCAGAGCAAACUUAAAAUAAUUCUUGUCAAGUUCACGGAGAAGGUCAAAGAAGCACGCCGGACCAUUAAAAGUCCUCAGGUGGAGAAGUACGGUCCACAUCAUGACGUAAAGUUCUGGUGUUACUGCUGUGCGCUGGAGGUUCAGAAACACGUGACUGACAGUAACAUCACUGUGCUUUAUGGAGGACUGCUGGAGCACAUGAGCACCCCAGAGCACCGCAAAAACACACACAAGUUCUGGUGGGACAAUAAAGCAGACCCCAAACUACGAGACAAGUUUAUCAUCACACAAGAGGAUACUGAGAGGUUCAAGUCUGAGGUUUCCAAGGCUCUUGAACAGUUUGAGGAAAAGGAGGAUGUUUUUAUUAAAGAGCUGGCUGCAGGGAUUCGCUCUCAGGAGCUGCAUAGGCUGGAGCUCCUCCAGUCACUAUCAGAGCCUGAUGCAGAACUGGAGCAACCUGCUGAACUGGAGCACUACAGCAAUGCACACACAGCCAGAAGUUCUCACAGAGGCUCUUAUGAAGCGGAGGCACAGGCAGGACCGAGCCAUGAGGAUCUGCACAGCCAGUGGAGGAAACCGGGACUCAGCUUAACUUUUAUUGGCUACCAGGACUCAUCCAGCAGUGGAAAUGUUCAUACAGGAGCUGUACCGCCGUGGCUGCUGGACGAGCCUCCUGAUGAAGCUUCAGACGGACAGCAGGAGAUGAAGCCCUCAGUGCAGGAGUUUCUCAAACACAAGGAGCAGGAGAAACUAAAGAAGCUUCCGCCCAACCGCGUGGGUGCAAACUUCGACCACAGCUCUCAUACUGAUGCCAACUGGCUGCCAUCUUUUGGACGAGUGUGGAACAGCGGCAGGCGCUGGCAGUCCCGGCAUCAGUUUAGAGAAGAAGAGGCAAACACUAAAGGAAAGAGGAAGAGGGGUGAUGAUGGGAAAUCCACAAAGAAGCCAAAAGACCUCAGUAAUGGAGAGAUAAGAAGUCCAUAUCCCCAAUAGGAAGGACUAAAACGGCAUGCACUACUUUUCUCAUGUUGAGAAUUAUUUCAACUUGCCUCAAUUAGAAACCAGCACUAGUUAAGGUAGGUUAGUGUUCAUGUGAGACGAAAACAUGAAGCGCACUGUUUGUGUUUCCAGUUUAUUGAAUACAUUUUUUUGCUACA